AUGGAGGCCAAGACGAUCCCGGAGCUGAUCAGCAUCCUGCAUCAGUGCGAAGGCUCGCUGCUCGUCGAAGCCGCGGUCGUACGUCUCGGCAACCUCGCCGCCUUCACGCCGCUUCAGCACCAGAUCGCAGCGCAAGGUGGCAUCGCGGCCCUCACCGAGCGGCUCGCCGAUAUGGACUGUACGCGAUCUUGCGCCACAGCGAUCUUCAGUGCGCUCGCCAACCUCGUCGUCAACGACACCAACCACCACGUGAUCGGAGCGCCUAGCAACCUCGACAUCUUCCUUGGCUGGUACACGGACGACGACGUGCCCACGAAGCUCGCAUGCGCCCGCCUCCUCAAGAACCUCUCCAUGUGGGAGUUUUACGCGACCGAGCUCCUCGGUCGUGACGCGCUUCCAUCAAUGGCCCGAGACCUUUUCCAACGGCAAUGUCCCUCGCUCGACGACCUCCUACUGCAAUGUUGGCUCAACAUGCAAAGUACGACCAUGUCGCUUGCCCAGCUGCAGACGAUGCUCGAUGCCAUCGAGGGACACACGCCUGCGACCGAGCGCGCCAAGGAGACCGUCCUUCGCCUGUUAUUGCAUAUGUCCAAGCGAGACGAAGCGUUCGGUGGUUUUGGCCAACACAUCGUGGCUUGCUUGACGUCGCUCGACUAUUUCUUGCUCGAUGACGACGCAGCACACGCGCGCUACGGCCAUAACGAGCUGCGUCGGUGGUUUGCCGAGCAAACCGACCACGAAAAGGCAUGGGACACGUAA